GCUAAAGACAGAUCGUCGUCGGCCGCCCGGCUUCGUUAUAAAAAUCAAUAGCAUUAGUAAGUUCGUACAAACGAAUUAUACGAUUCUCUUAGUGUGCGCCCGUGUCGGUGUGCGGAAAACAAAAAAAAAACCACCAGCGAAAAUUCUUGUAAUAAAAAUCAAUCGGAGCGAGGAAGGCGCCGCGCGGGGCGCCGACUGGUCGGGCGCUCCCCCGCACAUCUACAACACAACUCUAUAGUGCAUCUACCUCCUGCCUCCCCGAUUUAUUCCGCGAAUUCUACUUUACACCUCUUCCUAAACAAUCGAAAAACUUUCUCCCAAACGCGUAGUUUUGUAGCCUUGAAAGCUUUAGAUUUCAAAAGAUCGCUUGGAAACUCGAAGCGGGGGGACGACGGGGCGAAGUCGUUUUGUUUUUAUUUCUUCGACGAAAAAAAUAACGCCGCCCUGCAGCGUCCUAAACAUGCGCCACGCAGCUACGCGGGCCCGGCCGGGUGUGUGCGGGAUUCACUUUCAUUUGCGACAUCCCAUCCCGAAGGUCACCGCGCGGCAGCGGAUCCUGACCGUGUUCUAGGUAAGUAAAGUUCGUUAUUCGCGCCCUUUUCCACGUUUAUCGCGUCCGUGUUUUACUUCGUCCUUCGCAAAGACGGUAGACUUUCGCGCACGUGUUUGGUGUCCACGGUAACGCGGGGAGAGGGUUAACCGCGCAAGUUUUACAUUCACUAUUCCCGCGUCCGCAGGUGCGAGUGGGUAGUUGUGUGGCCGUCCGUCACGUGUUUCGAUAGUUUUGAAAUUUACGCGCGUCAAAAAAUACGUUACUAUCGGAGAGUUAUAUGUGGGUAGCUAUAUAGUUAUACUUAAGUUUGCGAGCGUCCCGGCAAAAACAAACAGAAUUAAAAAAGCGCUGGCCUUGCGGGCGACAGAAAGGGAGGGAAAUUAACUUCGCACUCUUCAUUUGUGCACCAAUCGAGAAAAAAUUCAAUAAAGCUCGCUUCCUUUUGUCUAAUUGCCUACGUAUACGUACUUAUGCCGACUGUUCGAUUUCUGCGACAUUUAGAAGGAAAAUGGAGCAUUUCGCUGUAUCGCCCGCGAGGGCCCGACCUCUCGACAAUAGGAAAUGCCCGGCCGCGGUUAUCCGCAGGUCAAGCACGAACCGACCUCCGAAGACGACGACUCGCAGUACGCACACGGCUAUCUCACAAAUCAGAUACUACCUUCAUUGGAACUCCAUCCGGUGAAGGUCGAGGCCGAUAUAGACGACAAUGCGUCUGCGCAUAUAUUACGGCAUUUACAGGGUCCGGCAAGUAUGGAGGAGCUAGCGCCGCCGGCGCCGGCGGGCCCCGCCGCCACGCCGGUCGCCGUCAAGCUGGAACCUGCUGAGCCCGCCGUCACGCUCGAGACCCUCGCGCCGGCGCCGCACUCGGACACGCUGGGUUCCAUGCUCAUCGAUAGACACAAGACGCUGCUCGGCGCGAACGAUGCCGACUCCAUGGAUUUCAUGCCUCUCCUUACUGUUAAAGACGAGCCUCUCUCUGAAGGAGAGCAACACCACCUGAGUGGGUCAGACACGAGUGACUCCAGCACCCAGCCGGAGCCGCCUCGCGGCAGCCCUAAAAACUGGACGCAGCAAGACAUGGAACUGGCCCUGGAAGCCCUGCGGACGCACAACAUGAGUCUUACUAAGGCAUCGGCCACAUACGGCAUCCCGUCAACAACGCUGUGGCAGCGCGCGCACCGGCUCGGCAUCGACACGCCCAAGAAGGAGGGCGCCUCCAAGUCCUGGAGCGAGGAGGAUCUUCGCGGCGCCCUGCACGCGCUGCGGUCCGGGGCUAUUUCUGCCAACAAAGCCAGCAAGGCUUACGGCAUCCCAAGCAGCACUCUCUACAAGAUCGCCCGGCGCGAGGGUAUUCGGCUGGCGGCUCCGUUCAACGCGGCGCCCACCGCGUGGCGACGGGCUGACUUGGAGCGGGCGCUGGCGUCCAUCCGCUGCGGAGCGGCGUCUGUACAGCGAGCGGCUUCGCAGUUUGGCAUACCUACAGGCACACUGUACGGGCGAUGCAAACGAGAGGGAAUCGAGCUGUCACGGUCUAACCCUACGCCCUGGUCAGAAGACGCAAUGGGGGAGGCCUUGGAAGCUGUCAGAGUGGGACAAAUGUCAAUAAACCAAGCAGCGAUCCACUAUAAUCUGCCUUAUUCGUCACUCUACGGACGGUUCAAGAGGUGCAAAUAUCAAAGUCCUCAAGCAAUGCCUCAGCAGAACAUGCCGGAGAUGGAGAUGGAACCUCCACAAGCCCAGAUGUACUAUCCGCACCAAGUGCCCAUGCCCGAGGACUAUCAUCAGAGCUACAUGGCGGAACCUGAAGCUAUGCAUGCCGCCGUCAUUCAGGAGCCCUAUGGGAUGUACUAUCAAGGUUGCAGCAGCAGUAUCGCGACGAGUUGAGGGUACAACGCCUCAGGAAGCGAGGGCCCUUGACAUUGCGCUUUCUGAGGGACUUACUUAUUAGUCCAAGAAGCUUUGAGGUUUACAGAAAAAAUGAGGG